AUGCAGCCGCACGCUACCCUUAUUCUCAUCGCUGUUCAAGCAGCUGCAGCUGCAGACCAGUUUUGGACUGGGAGGGAAAUUGAUUUGGGGCCAUUCGGGAGUGACCCGUUCUUCAACAACAACCAGUCAGAUGAGAUCUACCGGGAAGCCAUUAACAACCCGAAAGCUAUGCGGUCCGUCAAACUCGUCCCGUUCUCGGGUCUCAUAAGCCCCAAGGUCUACGGGAGGGACCCUUACUGGACUUGGAGAGUUAAUGUGACGGAAUUCGCCUUUCCCUCGGGAAUCAACGUCACUGAUGCGGUGACCGGGGCCGAGCAGCCCGUCGAAAACCCUUCCUACGUCAGCACAACCUGGGACUUUGCGUGGUCCAGUGGUGGGAAUAUCUCACAGGCCUUGGGCAACUCAACAGGACCGCUUUGCGUGUCCAUCUUGGACAUCGUGGCAUACCCAACGAACGUCACCAACCUUUAUACGGAUGAAAAUACCAACAGCACUGACUGCACGCCAAUUUUGGGAGAAGCCUGCGUACAGGCCAUCCUCAGAGAAGGCAGCAACUUCAGCAGAGGAAUAACAUGCAACCAACCAGAGAAGUCGUGGGGCACGCUUCCCGAGUGCAAUAAUACUAUCGGAUACGCCGUGGAGGAACGCCUAGACUUGAAACUGUUCAGCGGCACUUUUGGCGGCGGCGUCGCAACAGCAAACCUCAACCCGGAUCCGUCCAACUCACCAAAUGCCAGUUCGUCAGCUGAACGCAACAGAACCUUUGGCAUAACUAGCGGGAAGGGAUUCAUGGGCCUUCAUAGCGGAGUGAUCCCUGGAGCUAAUGCCACGGAUAUAUACUUGGCCGCGGCGAAUUCUCUUCAACUGCUCAUGAUCAGUCAUGGAUUUGGAAACAGAAGUCUUGGAGAAACCCAGCUUCAUUGUAUGAGGGCGAACACUACCCAGCUGCCAGUGGACGAGAACGAAGAUGGAGGGGGGCAAGAGAAUGACGCUACGCAUAUGCAGUAUCACGUAGCUUGUAUCUUGAUGAUUGUGGUAUGGACUGUGCUUCUGGCAAGGUCUACUUGA